GCCUCGAACGCGACGGUUGUAUACAUUCGGGAGCUGCUCUACCGUGCCACCUGUCUGUCAGCAAAAGGUGUCAGGUCUGACUGGGUAAAGUCUUCAAGGAUUAUUAACCGCGCACAGAAGAGCUGGGAUUUUGUGGUGGUGAAUGCAAGGUGCAACGGUGAACUAAUUUUGACGAGUUUUCUUUGGGAAAAAGGGUGACACGUCUGUCGUUAGUCUGGGCGCGAUAUGGGUUGAUGUGUGUUUCAGUAAACAGCAAUCCGCCAAACGACACAACCCUUAAGCUUCAGCGAUAGCGUGGUGCAAGAUAGAUCGGGAUGGCCUUUAAAAUGGGCGUAAAACACGACACGCGAUUAUUUUGAGGUGAAGUGUGCUUAAUUGCGCCCCGUCCCAGUCGGAACAGUUUUAUGGGAGGAGGUGGAAAACAGCAACAGUUUAGCAGCUGAAAUUACACUACUUUGUGGAGAAAGAAAUAACGGUCUUUGGGAUAUUCUUCUUCGAGUACAUAGUUAACCUCACACACGGUGAAAGGUGAGCAGCACUCGUCGUGCCCAAAGGUUGCUAGGAAUUGGGAAGACUAAUGAAUUUUUAUCGUGUGCCUCGGUCAGAUCCUCUUAAUGAAAAUUUAUCGGCCGCUCUCUGAGGGCAGGAUAUAAUGAAGGUGUGUACUGUCCAAUAAUCAGUAGUAAAGUGUUUAACGACGGGUUUUUUGGUAAACGGCAACGAACUUUGGGCGGUUGGCAUGGCAGUGAUGAUGAUUCCUGUAGGUUAGACUACUGCGACCGAGCGAGAGACGGAUACGAUACAAAAGUACGAUAGCGGAAGUUGAGGCUUGAGUAUCGAGCGACGAACGAAGAGAACGAAGAGUCCUUUGAACGGUGAAUCAAUUUGUGUAGAAGUGCAGGAAACUGGUGAUCACGGGAACGGGAGUGGAUAGUUAAGAGUGGAAAAAGGAUUGAAUUACCGAGAUAAAGUGUGUGCACGGAAGAGGCGUGUAAUUUGGUGGCAGAUUUUCGGUGCGGAAGAAAGUGCUGCGACCGGUUCUGGGUGAAAGCAAAAAGGGAUUCAAUGACAUUUGCCCGUAACCGUACCCGGAACUGUACGGAACAGAGGACCUUUGGAGGAGCGAAAUCUGGGACGAAACACGGAGCCAUCGUAGUGUGCUAGGCUCCAGUAAUUAAAUUUGAACCCAUCGCCUACUUUGGGGGUGACAAUCCGUCGGCGACGACACGAAAUGAGUCAAAACCGACCUCCGACACUGUCAUCGACGUACAAACACAGAAAUAUUCGAAGAGGAAGUGUCACCGCCACCGAGAAAGUUGCUGCCGUCAUAGCAACGGACCCUGUCGUCAUUUGUCUUCAUCAACCGGGUUUAACGCUGACCUGGCAAAGUUACGAUACGAUGCUCACGACUUCUCAUCAUCACCGGUCACCAGUCCUGAUGAUGCUGACUGAGAUAAUGAUUACCAUGAUGCAGCUGGACAUGAGAGUGUGUAAAUAGUUAUCCUCACCCCCAUACAAAACGAAGAAAACAAACAAUGUGAUACUGACUACAAGUCAACAAACAUCCAAAAAACACGAAUGGUUAAACCAGAGAUUAGGCCUUUGCAUCCCUAGCUCCGUACUGUCUUUAACUGCCGAAUAAACCAACCGAAGAUAUCCAUAACACUCACUGCUCAUCCCCCUCAGAGGACAUAAAUCACGCUGUCACAGCCCUGUCGUAAAAUUCAAAACCAAAACUCGAACCCUGCAAACUAAAGAAACUCAACUGAUCAAAGCACGCUAAGCAAUCGUAACCAAAGCAACUGAAACGAGUCGAAGCAACCCGGUGGAACGCUGUGAACGACAACCCAGCCUGCUAGUUGGAAUUUCCGUUGGCCAACAUCUGCCGCCAGAGCAGGGGGACUAUGAUCCAUCUGUAUCCACUCGAGGAGCAUCCGCAUUUUUGUUCGUUUUACUGGGGAGGCUUCAACGGGAACAGCACCAGCGCUAGCAGCAGUAUCAGCGCGGCCGCCAGCACCAACUACGAUGGGACGCUGCGAAGUGGGCUCUACGAAGACCCGCGCAUAGAAUACCUUCGGAAACUGUCCUACGGAAUCGCCCUGCCCAUCAUCUGCGCCCUGGGGAUCGUCGGCAACGUGUUGAAUCUGGUGGUGCUGACCAGGCGAAAUAUGCGCGGAACGGCCUACAUCUACAUGAGGGGAUAUUCGGCGGCCGCUCUGCUGGCGAUCAUCUUUGCCAUUCCGUUCGGCAUGCGCAUGCUGAUUCAUCGCGACUCGGGCCGGUGGCGCAACUUUGGCCAAGCCUUCUAUUCCGCCCAUCUGGAGCUGUUCCUCGGAAACGGUUGCCUUGGUGUCGGCGUCAUCAUGCUGCUGGUGCUGACCAUCGAGCGGUACGUCUCGGUGUGCCAUCCGGGCCACAUCCGGCGCUUCUGUCCGCCACGUGUCACCGUCGCGCUGAUACCGGUGCUCACCUUCCUGAUCUACCUGCCGUCCGUGCUGCGCGGCGAGGUAGUCAAAUGUGUCUUACAAUCCGAUGGAACAAUAAUGUAUCAUAAGCGCGAUAAUAUGAAGUUUUUAGAUUCGUUAUUUUAUUCGAUUUACAAGGUGAUAUUGGAGAUAGUCUUCAAGCUGGCCCCGACGGUGCUAAUAGCCGGUUUUAACCUAAGGAUAAUGAUCGUGUAUCGUCGUACCUGUGAUAAGCGCCGACGGAUGACGCUGUCCCGGAUCAACACCAAGGACGAGGAUCCGCGGAAAUUUGCCGAAGAGCGGCGGCUCAUGAUGCUGUUAGGUAGCACAUCGCUUCUCUUCUUGAUCUGUGUUUCCCCAAUGGCUAUCCUCCACGUGACGCUGUCACCCGAACAUCUGUCCAGUUAUUCCUUCCAGCUUUUCCGAGCGCUUGCAAACCUCUUAGAGCUCAUCAACUACUCUUUGACCUUCUACAUCUACUGUCUGUUCAGCGAAGACUUCCGGAAUACGCUGUUCCGCACGAUACGGUGGCCGUGGUUCGAGAAGCCGUUGUACAAUCGAGGAACCGACUUCCCUCUGAAGCACCACCAGCCGGGUACGAUCCUGAACGGCCACCACCAUCACCAUCGGCAUCACCACCAUCACUCGAAUGGCAAGAGGCGCCUAGCAAACAGCAGUUCCCCGGGCAAUGGAUCCCUGCUCCACCCGAACUCGAUCCACAGUCAGCGGCUUUCGCCGAGUGCCACCAUGCAGCAGCAGCACCUCCUGACGACGACAACGCCUACUACGACGGCAACGACCACCCCUCAGCACCUGCAGGCUACGCAAAUCACCUUGACGACGACGACCACCACGUCCGGUUUCUGCACGGCCAAUGGCCGCUCCAGCAGCAUAUGAUAUUACGCCAAUGGCGGCGGAAGCAGCACGUGCUGCUCCGUUAGCCGCAGUGGAAGCAUCUCCAGCGGAAUCGGCAUCGGAACGCGGGUGUUCGAAACCACUGGCGGUGGCGGCAUGGAUGAGGGCGACCCAGCCGACGAACCGCCGCCAGUUGACGUUUGAGAGCUGCACUAAGUAGGCCUUUCUUUGCGUUACUGCUGAUUGGCGUUACACUAUCGCAAUUACCAGUGAAGCAAAGCAAAUCUGUCACUUCGAAUGACGGAAAAUGCCUCCAUCUAACAAGAUGUCAAAAAAAGAAGAAAAAGCAAACUUAUUUAUUGGAGUCAAUCCUCUCCAGUCGCUAGUUAUCUAUGAAUGCAAACCCAAAAUUCCAUUACCAAAUAGCUCAUCGAUGUUGUUUGUAAAUAUAGAGGAAAAAGAAGCGUUUCGAAUUUCCACGGCGAAUCGAAGCGGAAUCGAUGUCGCGCGUGUCGAAAAUCCGAGCGAAAACUGUGUCCUACCCCUCGUAUUGUAGUUAUACGAAGAUAUUUAGAUAUAGAUUGCAAAAUUCAAAAAUGGAAAGAGGAUAACAAUUACCAACCAGAUGUGAGAGAGAGGAAGAUUUUACAUUCUACAUAUAUUUAUAUACACUCAAAUAACGACAUUGACAUUACUGAAUACAAUGCAAAGCGCAUAUUUAAUGGAGAAAGAGAUUUCCCAGAAAAAUUUCUUGUUGUUAGAGUAUAUUUAGAACGCGCGAUAGUUGAGCGCGGUGGAAAGCGAGAGGGAGAGAGACGCAAGAAAAGUCACGGAACGUGAAUUGUUAAGGGGAAAGAGUACCGAUAUGCUUUCAAAAAUCGUCAGUGUACCAUACAGGCUAGAGAAUCAAAUUCUGAACCAGUUAUUGAAGAGCAUUAUUGAAGUAUUAUAUGAUUGUACUGAAGCUAACCCAGAACAAAAAGUACAGGUUAAGGAUGAGUUGGAAGUGAAGCGAAGAGAAAGGAUUUGAAAUUUGCGAGAAACCAGUUGUCUGGCCCCUUUUACCAACCAACAUAAAAAUAUAGGGGCAGACCGGAUUUGAGAAGUGCAUUUCCCAAUGAACUUGUACAUAGAUUGCCGAUUUUACGCUAACACUAUUCGAAAACCACUACGAUGAUGUACUUAACUAGUAGAAUAUACAACCAGUGAAAAACAGAUCAGAAUAAACUCGCAAAUUCGUCAGCAAAGUCA